GAUCCGGGCUUCAGCUGAGAACCUCUCUUAGCAUCAUGUACCGGUUUGGAUACGUGCCUGAAGAGGAAGUAGACCAUUCUUUCUUCGAUAGCGACUAUGAGGAAAAGAUGGAGCGAGAUAGACGUGGCAGUUCGUGGGUUUACAAGGGAAACCCGGAGCCCAGAAAUUUCUGUGUGAGACUGGACGCGGGAAUAAUGAACCGUGGUUCCCCCGGAUGUGGAAAUAACGGGAAGGCGUCGCUGGAAAAGCGUUCUGCGAGCCGCGGCUCGGAGGCCAACGGAAAUACUUUGCCCGCGAUGGUGUCUCCGAGACCGGGGAGCAGGCCGGCGUCGAGCCUGAAGAUCUACUCGGCCACCCCCAAGAGAAUCCCUAAGGUAGGACGAGGCAGCGGAGACGAAGACGAUACCGACGAAGAGGAAAGGAGGAACGAAGGGAGGAAAAGGUGCCCCAGGCCGAAGACGGCUAGACCGUCGAGAGGCCUAAAGCCGGGCCCGCGGACCGAAGAGAGCCGAAUGAGCUCGCCGGCAUCCACCGGUUCCUCUUCCUCAUCUCCUUCCUCCCCUCUGUCAUCCUCCUCCUCGACCUGCUCCGAAAUCGAGACGGAGAUGAGCGGGUCCGUUUCGUCCCACGGGUCGCCCAAGAGGAGCGACUCCAGCCCGGCCGCGCCGCCGGCCAGGCCCGCCUCCCCGGCGUCGGGGGGGAGAGCCGAGCAGGGCGACGCCGCGGACGACGGAGCCGAAGCCGCCGUGACCCCCCGGGCGGCUCCGGACGCCGGCCCCGCGCGGUCUCUGCAGCUCGCCUCGUCCAGCGAGGCGAAAACCGGAGCGAGGAGGCCGGAGAGCGUAGGCCGGGGAGGAGCGCCGGACCCGCGGGGCCGGACAAAGCUUCCCAAGCUCGGGACCUCCCCGCCUGACUCCUCGAAACCCGAAGGGAGCCGCAAACGCGAUCCGAAACUCGUGCAGGAGGAGGAGGAGGAGGAGGAGGCUUCCAUCCCUCCCCAGGCCAGGGAGGAGAAAGAGGAGGAGGAGGCAGAUGGGCAACUGAAUAACUUUUUGAAAGCGCUCCUGUAUUUGGAUAAAAAGGAGCAGCAGAGACAGGGCACCGAAACGUCCUCGGGGCCGAAGAAAAACUACACAUUUUCCGACGAGGAAGUCAGAAGGAUUGACAGGGAAAAUCAAAGACUGGUAACCCAGCUAAUGAGACAGGCGGAGCAUCCUCGGAACAAGAGUUCCGGGCCCAGGAAGUUGGUCGAACCCCUCCCUAAGCUCUACCACAGUGCCCUUAACAGACAGAAGGAACAGCAAAGGAUUGAAAGAGAAAAUUGGGCUUUAUUGAAGAGGCUUGAAGCGGUGAAGCCGUCAGCGGGGAUGAAACGAGUGGAGCAGUUGAAUGACUACUACCGGCAGAUGGGCUACUUAAACAUCUCACCUCCCUCAAGCUGGUUGCAACCCGGGACGCCCCAGACCUGCCCUCACAGGGAAGCCACCGGGAAUUCCCGAGUCCUCAGCGUGUCUGGCAGCCCCCGGGUUUCCAGUAGCCUUCGGGUUUCCAGUAGCCCUCGGGUUUCCAGCAGCCCCCGGAGCCCCAACAGCCCCCGGGGUCCCAGUGCCCCUAGGAUCCCUAGCAUUCCCAGGGGUCCCAGUGCCCCCAGGAUUUCCAGCGCCCCAAAGAUUCCCAGCGCUCCCAAUGUCUCCAGGGUCCCCAGUGCCCAAGUCCCCGCUGCAGCCAGGACCCCUGUUGUGCCUCAGAUGCCCAGGAUCCCGUGCCCCCCCAUUGCCCCCAGGUUCCCCAACGCAACAUACACACCCCAACCCCCCAUUGCAGCAAGACCACUGUUACAGCGGGUGCGCCCACGGCCCUCGUUCACCUCGGCGACAAACCUGCGUCCGAUUCAGCCACUGGGACGGUGCUGAGGCCCGGGGGCCCUCGCCGCCCGGACGUCUGCCCAUGAAGAUGUCUUGGGACUUGGGGCGUUCCCAACCGCUUCGUCCGAUUCACCAAGGAGGGCAUUUGUAGAUCACUGAAAGUCGCCACACAAGGAUGCGCGAGAGUGUCGUGGAGCUAUUGAAAGAGGACCGCCGUUUAUCGCUUCUCGGAAAGCUUGGCUCGAAACUUGCUCUUGCGAGUAUAGUUCUGUCUCCGAUCAGUAUUUCCCAUGAGAUAAUAGUUAUGGCCUCAGAAAUAAGAAGGUAGCUGUAAAUCUUAUUUUCUCCCAGUAGAGCUAGGACUUCCCCGUACUGUGUAAAUAAAUAGAUUGCCAUUUUUAGGAUCCGACAGGUCUUUCAUUUCUGUAAACUAGCCAUUAGAUAACCCGGUAAGUUGAUUUCCUCUAUUUUGUCUACGUUUUAGAAUGUAUGUAAGUAUAGGUUGGGAUGUAGAUGCUAAGGUUAAGGCACUUUAAAGGAUUGGUUUUUACCGAUCAAUA